GCGGGAAUCCGGGCGCGGGAUCAGUCAGCACCGAGGCCCGGCCUGAGGAGCGGCCCCCGGCUGCGGGGAGAAUCGGUGCGGUCCCCGGCGGCGUGAGCGCAUCGAAUGCACGGAUUGACCGGUGAGAGGAAGGGUCCCGACCCGGACAGAUCUUUACCUGUUAAUUUAUGGUCAACUCUUUUUACAGGGUAGAAGAAGCAGAGGAUUGAUGUUCAGGAAUCUCUAACUCGUUUAUUUCACCGGCGCCUGAACGUGUGGGAGGAUUCACUGCGUCAGCUGAUCCGCCCGGACGCCAGACAGGUCACAGCAUGGAGACAUUACUGGCCAGCUCUGAGUGUGGGCAGGGAUUAAACCAAUCUUCCCACCUGUUGACCCGACAGCAAGUUCACACUGUGGAGAAACCGUUUACCUGUCCCGAUUGUGGGAAGGGGUUCAAUCGAUCGUAUCUACUGAAGACCCACCAGCGAAUUCACACAGGGGAGAGGCCGUUCACCUGCUCUGAAUGUGGGAAGGUAUUUACUAAUUCAUCUGACUUACUGAGACACCAGAAAAUUCACACGGGGGAGAAGCCGUUUGUGUGCUCUGAGUGUGGGAAGGGAUUUGCUUGUGCAUCUGGGUUAAUGAGACACCAGGCAAUUCACACGGGAGAGAAGCCGUUUGUCUGCUCUGAGUGUGGGAAGAGGUUCGUUGAAUCAUUUCACUUACAGAGACACGAGCAAAUUCACACUGGAGAGAGGCCGUUCACCUGCUCUGAAUGUGGGAAGGGAUAUGCUCUUUCAUCUCUGUUACUGAGACACCAGAAAGUUCACACAGGGGAGAAGCCGUUUGUCUGCGCUGAGUGUGGGAAGAGAUUCCUUGAAUCAUUUGACUUACAGAGACACGAGCAAAUUCACACUGGAGAGAGGCCGUUCACCUGCUCUGAAUGUGGGAAGGGAUUUAGUUGUUCAUCUGACUUACUGAGACACCAGAGAAUUCACACGGGGGAGAAGCCGUUCACCUGCUCUGAGUGCGGGAAGGUAUUCAGCCAAUCUUCCCAACUGGUGUCCCAUCUGAAGAUCCACCAGCGAGUUCACACGAGAGAGAGUCCGUUCACCUGCUCUGAAUGUGGGAGGAGAUUUAUUCACUCUUCUAACCUGAAGACCCACCAGCUAGUUCACACUGGGGAGAGGCCGUUCACCUGCUCUGAAUGUGGGAAGGCAUUCCGUUGCAACAGUAGGCUGGAGACCCACCAGCGGGUGCACACGGGAGAACGCCCCUUCGACUGCUCAGAGUGCGGCAAGAACUUCAGCCGCUAUAGCCACCUGCUGCGGCACAACCGCGUGCACUCCGGCGAGAGGCCCUUUGGCUGCUCCACCUGCGGCAAGAGCUUUUCCCAGUUGUCGGGGCUGCAGAAGCACCGGCGGGUGCAUAGCAGUGAGCGGCCUUUCACCUGCUCCGACUGCGGCAAAGUAUUCAAGUCGUCUACGCACCUAAAGACGCACAGGCGCCUGCACACCGGGGAGCACCCCAACACCUGCAGCGACUGUGGCAAGGGCUUCACCUGCCCCAUCAAGUUGCUGGUGCACCAGCGCACCCACACUGGCGAUCGCCCCUUCACCUGCGCCCAGUGUGGCAAGGGCUUCACCCGCUCCACCAAGCUGCUGCAGCACCAGCACACUCACACUGGCGAGCGUCCUUACACCUGCGCCCAGUGCGGCAAGGGCUUCACCAACUCCAGCAACCUGCUGCAGCACCAGCGCACCCACACCAUCGAACGGCCCUACACCUGCGCCCAGUGCGGCAAGGGCUUUACCAACUCCAGCAACCUGCUGCAGCACCAGCGCACCCACACCAUCGAACGGCCCUACACCUGCGCCCAGUGCGGCAAAGGCUUCACCUGUUCCAACUACCUGCUGCAGCACCAGCGCACCCACACCGGCGAGCGCCCCUACACCUGCGCCCAGUGCAGCAAGGGCUUCACCUGCUCCACCAAGCUGCUGGAGCACCAGCGCACCCACACCGGCGAGCGCCCCUAUACCUGCGCCCAGUGCGGAAAGGGCUUCACCCGCUCCAACUACCUGCUGCAGCACCAGCGUACACACACCGGCGAGCGUCCCUUCAUCUGUGACCAGUGCGGCAAGGGCUUCACCUGCUCCACCAGGCUGCUGUCCCACCAGCGCACCCACACCGGCGAGCGUCCCUACACCUGCGUCCAGUGCGGCAAGGGCUUCACCUGCUCCAACUACCUGCUGCAGCACCAGCGCACCCACACCGGCGAGCGACCCUACACCUGCGCCCACUCUGAGUGUGGGCAGGGAUUAAACCAAUCUUCCCACCUGUUGACCCGACAGCAAGUUCACACUGUGGAGAAACCGUUUACCUGUCCCGAUUGUGGGAAGGGGUUCAAUCGAUCGUACCUACUGAAGAGGCACCAGUAUAGUCACACAGGGGAGACGCCGUACACCUGCUCUGAGUGUGGGAAGGGAUUCACUCAAUCGUACCGACUGAAGACCCACCAGCGAAUUCACACAGGGGAGAGGCCGUUCACCUGCUCUGAAUGUGGGAAGGGAUUUACUCGUUCAUCUGGGUUACAGAGACACCAGAUAAUUCACACGGGGGAGAAGCCGUUUGUCUGCUCUGAGUGUGGGAAGAGAUUCAUUGAAUCAUCUGAGUUACAGAGACACGAGCGAAUUCACACUGGAGAGAGGCCGUUCACCUGCUCUGAAUGUGGGAAGGGAUAUACUCGUUCAUAUCCGUUUCUGAGACACCAGAAAAUUCACACGGGGGAGAAGCCGUUCACCUGCUCUGAGUGCGGGAUGGGAUUCACCGAAUCUUGCCAAUUGUUAUCCCACCUGCUAGUUCACACUGCGGAGAAACCAUUUGUCUGUCCUGAUUGUGGGAAGGGAUUUAUUCGAGCGAGCUACCUGAAGUCCCACCAGCGAGUUCACACCGGGGAGAGGCCGUUCACCUGCUCCGAGUGUGGAAAGGGAUACACUCAAGCAAGCAGCCUGAAGUUCCAUCAGCGAAUUCACACUGGAGAGAAGCCGUUCGCCUGCUCUGAGUGUGGGAAGGGAUUCUCUCAGUCAUCUUCGUUACUGGAACACCAGAGAAUUCACGAGGGAGAGAAAUUAUUCACCUGCUCCGACUGUGGGGAGGCGUUUGCUGGGACGUCCCAGCUGCUGAUCCACCAGCGGGUCCACACCGAUGAGAAGCCGAUCACCUGCAGCGAGUGCGGGAAGAGAUUCACCCAGUCAUCCAACGUGAUCACACACCAGCGGGUCCACACCGGAGAGAGGCCCUUCACCUGCUCCGACUGCGAGAGGGGAUUCAACCAUGCUUCCCGCCUGGUGACCCACCAGCAAGUUCAUGCUGCGGAGAAACCAUUUGCCUGUCCCGAUUGUGGGAAGGGAUUCUUUGAAACAGGCCAGUUGAGGAGGCACCAGCGAGCUCACACUGGGGAGAGGUCGUAUGUCUGCUCAGAGUGUGGGAAGGGGUUCAUUGGAUCAUUCCAGCUGUUGAGACACCAGAAAAGUCACACGGGGGAGAGGCCGUUCACCUGCUCUGAGUGUGGGAAGCGAUUCAUUGAAUCAUCUGCGUUAAUGACACACCAGAGAAUUCACACAGGGGAGAGGCCGUACACCUGUACUGAGUGUGGGAAGGUGUUCGCUCAAUUAUCUGCAUUACUGAGACACCAGAGUAUUCACACCGGGGAGAGGCCGUUCAGCUGCUUUGAGUGUGGGAAGGGCUUUGCUCACUUUGAUCAGCUGAGACCCCACCAGCGAGUGCACACUGGCGAGAAACCAUUUUCCUGUCCCGAUUGUGGCAAGGGAUUCGCUCAAGCCGGCAAUCUGAGGAGGCACAGGCAAAUUCACACCAAGUAGAAGUCAUGAACCGGUUGUGGCGAGUGGAGGGGCUCCAGAGAACUCACACUGGGGAGAGGCCGUUCAUCUGUUCUGAUUGUGGCAAGGGAUUCGUUCAAAUGAGCAGCUU